GGUUGGAGUGUAAAGAGAGAAGGCAGGAGCGUUCAGUCUGCGUCAGAUAUGAAGACUCCCUGUAUACCCAGUCCUAAGCAUGGGAGCUUAGGCGGGGACCAGGGCCCUGCUGCUCAGGUGAGGCGCCCCAAGUGGACCGCGCCGGCGCGGGAGGGGUGGCCUGGCGCAGGUCUUUUGACCUCGGUGGAUUGGCGCAUGCGCAAGAUGUGCGCAAACUCGCGCCUUUUUCCCUUUUCCGAGUUUGCUGCGUUGUCCCCGUUUCCGCUAGUUUUCCUGGCUACAGUUUGCUGUCCCUGUGUCCAGGAUGGAGCCCCUGGACGAACUGGAGCUGCUGAUGGAGAAGAGUUUUGGGGAGGAGGCUGCGCUGCCGGCGGAGCUAUUUCAGAAGAAAGUGGUAGCUUCCUUUCCUAGAACGGCUCUGAGCCGAGGAAUGGAUAACCGGUACCUGGUGUUGGCAAUCAGUACUGUACAGAACAAAGAGGGAAACUGUGAAAAGCACCUGGUCAUCACUGCUUCUCAGUCGCUAGAAAAUAAAGAACUAUGCAUCCUUAGGAAUGACUGGUGUUCUGUAUCAGUAGAACCAGGAGAUAUCAUACAUUUGGAGGGAGACUGCACAGCUGAUACUUGGAUAAUAGAUAAAGAUUUUGGGUAUUUGAUUUUGUAUCCAGACAUGCUGAUUUCUGGCACAAGCAUAGCCAGUAGUAUUCGAUGUAUGAGAAGAGCUGUCCUGAGUGAAACUUUUAGGAGCUCAGAGCCAGCCACACGCCAAAUGCUGAUUGGUACGGUUCUCCAUGAGGUAUUUCAAAAAGCAAUAAGUAAUAACUUUGCUCCAGAAAAGCUACAAGAACUUGCUUUUCAAACAAUUCAAGAAAUAAGGCAUUUGAAGGAAAUGUACCGCUUAAAUCUAAAUCAAGAUGAAAUAAAACAAGAAGUAGAGGACUACCUUCCUGCAUUUUGUAAAUGGGCAGGAGAUUAUAUGCAUAAGAACAGUUCAACUGACUUCCCUCAGAUGCAGCUCUCUCUGCCAAGUGAUAAUAACAAGGAUAAUUCAACAUGUAACAUUGAAGUCGUGAGAUCAGUGGAUAUUGAAGAAAGCAUUUGGUCCCCUAGGUUUGGAUUGAAGGGCAAAAUAGAUGUUACAGUUGGUGUGAAAAUACAUCGAGGGUGUAAAACAAAAUACAAGAUAAUGCCAUUGGAACUUAAAACUGGCAAAGAAUCAAAUUCUAUUGAACACCGUAGUCAGGUUGUUCUGUACACUCUGCUAAGCCAAGAGAGAAGAACUGAUCCAGAGGCUGGCUUGCUUCUCUACCUCAAGACUGGUCAGAUGUACCCUGUGCCUGCCAACCAUCUAGAUAGAAGAGAAUUAUUAAAGCUAAGAAAUCAGAUGGCAUUUUCUUUGUUUCACCGUAUUAGCAAAUCUGCUACUAGACAGAAGACACAGCUUGCUUCUUUGCCACAGAUAAUUGAGGAAGAGAAAACUUGUAAAUAUUGUUCACAAAUGGGCAAUUGUGCUCUUUAUAGCAGAGCAGUUGAACAACAGAUGGAUGGUAGUUCAGUCCCAAUUUUCAUGCUGCCCAAAAUAGAAGAAGAAACCAAGCAUCUGAAGCAUACACACUUAGAAUAUUUCAGCCUUUGGUAUCUAAUGUUAACCCUGGAGUCACAGUCAAAGGAUAAUAAAAAGAAUCACCAAAAUAUAUGGCUAAGGCCUGCUUUGGAAAUGGAGAAGAGUGGCAGCUGCGUUGGAAACUUGAUUCGAAUGGAACAUGUAAAGACAGUUUGUGAUGGACAAUAUUUACAUAAUUUCCAACAUAAAAAUGGUGCCAUACCCAUCACAAAUCUAAUGGCAGGUGACAGAAUUAUUGUGAGUGGAGAAGAAAGAUCACUAUUUGCUUUGUGUAGAGGAUAUGUGAAAGAGAUUAACAUGACAACAGUAACUUGUUUAUUAGACAGGAACCUGUCGCUCCUUCCGGAAUCAACUUUGUUUAGAUUAGACCAGGAAGAAAAAAAUUGUGAUAUAGAUACCCCAUUAGGAAAUCUUUCUAAAUUGAUGGAAAACACAUUUGUCAGCAAAAAGCUUCGAGAUUUAAUUAUUGACUUUCGUGAACCUCAUUUUAUAUCCUACCUUAGUUCUGUUCUUCCACAUGAUGCAAAGGAUACAGUUGCCUGCAUUCUAAAGGGUUUGAAUAAGCCUCAGAGGCAAGCAAUGAAAAAGGUUCUUCUUUCAAAAGACUACACACUCAUCGUGGGUAUGCCUGGGACAGGAAAAACAACUACAAUAUGUACUCUUGUAAGAAUUCUCUACGCCUGUGGUUUUAGCGUUUUGUUGACCAGCUACACACACUCUGCUGUUGACAACAUUCUUUUGAAGUUAGCCAAGUUUAAAAUAGGAUUUUUGCGUUUGGGUCAGACUCAGAAGGUUCAUCCAGCUAUCCAGAAAUUUACAGAGCAAGAAAUUUGCAAAUCAAAGUCCAUUAAAUCCUUAGCUCUUCUAGAAGAACUCUACAAUAGUCAACUUAUAGUUGCAACAACAUGUAUGGGAAUAAACCAUCCAAUAUUUUCCCGUAAAAUUUUUGAUUUUUGUAUUGUGGAUGAAGCCUCUCAAAUUAGCCAACCAAUUUGUCUGGGCCCCCUUUUUUUUUCACGGAGAUUUGUGUUAGUGGGCGACCAUCAGCAGCUUCCUCCCCUGGUGCUAAAUCAUGAAGCAAGAGCUCUUGGCAUGAGUGAAAGCUUAUUCAAGAGGCUGGAGCAGAAUAAGAAUGCUGUUGUACAGCUAACCGUGCAGUACAGAAUGAACAGUAAAAUUAUGUCCUUAAGUAAUAAGCUGACCUAUGAGGGCAAGCUGGAGUGUGGAUCCGACAAAGUGGCCAAUGCAGUGAUAAACCUACCUCACUUUAAAGAUGUGAAGCUGGAACUGGAGUUUUAUGCUGACUAUUCUGAUAAUCCUUGGCUGAUGGGAGUAUUUGAACCCAACAAUCCUGUUUGUUUUCUUAAUACAGACAAGGUUCCAGCACCAGAGCAAAUUGAAAAAGGUGGUGUGAGCAAUAUAACAGAAGCCAAACUCAUAGUUUUCCUAACCUCCAUUUUUAUUAAGGCUGGAUGCAAUCCCUCUGAUAUUGGUAUUAUUGCACCAUACAGGCAGCAGUUAAAGAUCAUCAGUGAUUUAUUGGCACAUUCUUCUGUUGGGAUGGUCGAAGUUAAUACAGUAGACAAAUACCAAGGAAGAGACAAAAGUAUUGUCCUAGUAUCUUUCGUUAGAAGUAAUAAGGAUGGAACUGUUGGUGAACUCUUGAAAGAUUGGCGACGUCUUAAUGUUGCUAUAACCAGAGCCAAACAUAAACUGAUUCUCCUGGGGUGCGUGCCCUCACUAAACUGCUAUCCUCCUUUGGAGAAGCUACUUGAUCAUUUAAACUCGGAAAAAUUAAUCAUUGAUCUUCCAUCAAGAGAACAUGAAAGUCUUUGCCACAUAUUGGGUGAUUUUCACAGAAAAUAAAGCACUAUUUUCCUUGCCUUUUCAUACUAGAGCAGCGUCUACUCUAGCUAGUGCCUAAACAGAAAAUUCUAUCACCUUACAAAAUUUAACGCAGUAUUUAUGGUUUUAAGCACAGGUAUACCCCAAACUGUGAAAAGUCUGAAUUUAUGGGUACUAUACAUGUAUUUUUGCCUGAUCUAGAGAGUUUGAUAAAUGUUUACCAGCUUUGAAGAUGGAUUAACUUUUGACUCUGAGCUUUAAACUUUUAAAUCAGACAUUUCAGGACUAAUUUGAUUUUGUAGGUAUCAUUGUAAGAACUUUAUUUGAAAGACUGGAUAAAGGGGUUUGAUUUUUUUUUUUUUUUUUAUCAUUUAAGCACAGUCUUGUGAUGAUGAGAACAUAGGUGUGA